GUGUCAGAAAACAUCAUGAAGUGGCUUCUGCUCCUGAGUUUGGUGGUGCUCUCUCAGUGCCGGGUGACCAAGGUCUCCCUGAAGAAGGGGAAAUCUCUGAGGCAGAACCUUAAGGAACAUGGCUUGCUGGAGGAUUUCCUGAAGAAAAACCCUUACAACCUGGCCUCUAAGUAUUUCCCCAGCCUGGCCAACGACGCUGCCAGCGAGCCCCUAACAAACUACAUGGACAUCGAGUAUUAUGGAACCAUCUCCAUCGGCACCCCAGCCCAGGAGUUCUCCGUCCUCUUCGACACUGGCUCCUCCAACCUGUGGGUGCCCUCCGUGUACUGCUCUAGCACAGCCUGCACAAACCACAACAGAUUCAACCCAUCAGACUCCUCCACCUAUGAGGCCAUUAAUGAGAGUCUCUCCAUCCAGUAUGGCAGUGGCAGCAUGACUGGAAUCCUGGCCUAUGACACCGUCCGGGUUGGAGGCAUUGUGGACACCAAACAGAUGUUUGGCCUGAGUGAAACUGAGCCUGGCACAGCCUUUGAGUACUCUGAAUUUGAUGGGAUCCUGGGUCUGGCCUUCCCAAGCAUCUCUGCUUCUGGAGCUACCCCCGUCUUCGACAACAUGAUGAAUGAGGGUUUGGUGUCCCAGGACCUCUUCUCUGUCUACCUGAGCUCUGAUGAGCAGAGUGGGAGCUUCGUGAUGUUUGGUGGCAUCGACUCAUCUUACUACUCUGGGAGCCUGAACUGGAUCCCUCUUUCUGCUGAGACUUACUGGGAAAUCACCAUGGACAGCAUCACCAUGAACGGAGAGACUGUCGCUUGCUCUGGUGGCUGCCAGGCUAUCAUUGACACUGGCACUUCUCUGCUGGCUGGGCCCUCUACUGGCAUCUCCAACAUCAACUCCUACAUCGGCGCCAGCGAUGGCACGAUCAGCUGCAGUGCCAUAAGCAGCCUGCCCAACAUCGUCUUCACCAUCAACAACAUUGAGUUCCCUGUACCCCCCAGUGCCUACAUUCUUGAUUACUCUGGCUCUUGUAGCUCUGGCCUUGAAAGCAUCGACCUCUCCACCUCCUCUGGAGAGCUCUGGAUCCUCGGAGACGUCUUCAUCAGCCAGUACUACGUUGUCUUUGACAGGGCCAACAACAAGGUGGGCCUGGCCUCUGUGGCAUGA